AUGGCCAGCAAUUUUGCCACACCAAGCGCUCGGGGACUCAAAAGAGUGGACAAGCUGGGGUACCUAUCCUUCUUCGGCCGACCAUCUGAAGUGAAAAAUGACUCCAAGUGUGCAUCGAAACUGGACGACAUGCUGUAUGACAGCUGGGGAGUUAAACCCUUGUGGGAUUCCAAACCCUUUUCCUUAAUGAAGCUUCCAUUCAGCCCCCAAAGUAUGUCUCCCUUCCUCAGUGAAGAAUCGGUGAAAUACCACUACAGCAAGCACCACGCCGCCUACGUCAAGAACUUAAAUAAUUUAGCCGAUCAGCAUGGUGAACUUAGGAACCUGACCUUGGAAGAGGUGAUAGGAAGAUAUUCCGGGCCCAUUUAUAACAAUGCAGCUCAAAUUUUUAACCACAACUUCUUUUGGUUGGGACUGAAGGAGCAUGGAGGUGGGAAGCCUUACGGCCAAAUAAAGAACAAAAUCGAAGAGUCCUUUACCACCUUUGAAAAUUUUAAAGACGCCUUUUUGAAGGAAGCAUCAGGCCAUUUUGGGAGUGGCUGGAUAUGGUUAAUAAUGAAGGAUAAGAAGCUCACCAUCUACCAAGGACACGACGCGGAUACCCCCAUAAAAGGAAACAUUGGGCACCCGAUCCUAACCCUAGAUGUCUGGGAGCAUGCUUACUACGUGGAUUACAAAAAUGCCAGAGGGGACUACGUGAAAGGUGCAUAG